UUUAUUCAACUGUAAGCUGUUGUAUUGUCCUUACUUCAGGGCAAUAUUUCCUGAACAUGGAUCCCCGUACCAGUGCCCAGGAUGUGAUGCGAUGUGACCUGUGUGAGACAGCUGUGGUACAGAUGCACUGUAAUACAUGUCUUGUCAACUUGUGUAAGGCCUGUGUAGGAGAACACAUCUCAACAGAUGAAUCCAAGGAUCACAAAGUCGUCAAAUUUCAGGCCAGGAAAUCAACUCCCCUCCAUCCUGGAUGUAAAAUUCAUGCAGAAAACAGCUGUGAGUUGCAUUGUAAGGAAUGCGAUAUUCCGGUUUGCGCUGCCUGCAUUGUCUCCAAAAAACACAAAGAACAUGACGUCCACUUUUUAAAAGACAUUCUUGCCAGGAAGAAGACAGCAAUCCAAAAGGAAAUCAAUGAAUUAGAGGAAUCCAUCUAUCCAACCUACCUGGAUAUAGCAGCAGAUGUACAAAAUACACUGAGUCAACUAGAUGUGAAAUAUGAAGAACUCUCAAUAGCUAUAACAAAACAUGGCGAGGACUGGCACAGAGAAAUUGAUAAACUUGUCAAAAAACUUAAAUCUGAAGUUGAGGAGAUGAAAAACAAAGAUAAUGAAACUCUAAAAACACAUUUAUCAAAUGUAGAAACAUGCACCUCUAAGAUAAAUGAAGAUGUUGAUUCUCUACGUAAAUCAAUUGAUUCUUAUGAUGUUAACAAAAUCUUAAACCUUCAGAUAGACUUGAAGAAAUACAGAAUACUUCCUUCUAAACUCAAUGUUAGCACUGCACAAUUCUCACCGCUUGCAAUACAGGAACAAAUCUCUGAAUUGUUUGGAAAAAUAAUACCAACAACAAUAUCAGCAGAUAAACAUGGGUACACCAUGAGAACAGCACAAGGAUCAUUAGAAACAUCAUCCUGUCCUCUUAUGGAGAAAGCAUCGGAAGCUGGAUCCUCUCCUCCAAUCAAACAGCUGCUUGAUGAACCAGAGACUGUCACCACCAUAAACACUGGGUAUAGAGAACUUUACAGUGUGGCCUGUCAGAGUGAUGAAGAAAUCUGGACAAGUGGAAAUGAUGGCAUAAAGCUCUUUAGUAUCAGUCGGGGAUCGCUACUCCAGUCACUUAGUACAACAUCAGAGUGUAUUCUCAAUAACAUAGCAGUGACUAAAAGGGGAGAUUUAGUUUACGCUAAUUACUUCAGUAAAACUGUGAACAUUGUGAAGAAGCAAAAGACAGAGGUGAUAAGAUUUAAGAACUGGAAUCCGCUUACUGUCUGUACCACCUCUUCUGCUGACAUCCUAGUUGUCAUAGAAAAAGGAGAGGAUGAUACCAAAGUUGUCCGUUACUCUGGCGCCACAGAAAAACAAACCAUUCAGUUUGAUAAUAAAGGUAAACCUCUUUAUUCACCACGUGGUUUAUUCAAACACAUUACGGAGAACAGAAACCUGGAUAUCUGUGUGGCAGAUAAUGGAUUUCAUGCAAUAGUGGUAGUUAAUAUGACUGGAAAACUGAGAUUCAGGUACACUGGACAUACUCUUGCUCAAACAAACUUAUUAAGUCCACGAGGAAUCACCACAGACAGUCAGAGUCACAUCCUUACAGCUGAUAAUGAAAGUAACUGUAUCCAUAUCAUAGACCAGGAUGGACAGUUCCUCCGUUACAUAGACUGUGGACUGAGUGAACCCUGGGGACUGUGUAUAGAUACAAAUGACAAUCUUUUUGUUGCUGAAAUGCAAAGCAAUCAAGUGAAAAAAAUCAGAUAUAAAAAAUAACUUUUUUUCAAAUAACAGAAAUUAUGAUAUGUAAACAUUGUA